UUUCAAUAUGGGGAGUCAGACUGGCAGCGGACAGUGAGCGGGUACACACUGUGACUGUUCCUCUCACAGAGCGCGAGACACCGGGGACACAGCCAGCCAGCAGCAGCAGCAGCACCACCACCACCGGGACAGAGCGAGACCUGCCGGCCUGGUUGAAGUGCUUUACCUGUGUUUGCCACAGAUUGUGAUUGAAACUUUCAUGAGCAAGGCAUUGUAAAAAAGAGCAACAAAUGUGGAACAUUCUUGAAAAUAAUUUUAUAUUGCUCAGAGUUCCUUAUCAAAGAUUGAUGUACUCUCCAGAAGUGGAUGAACAAUCCUGAACUGUUUUGAUUGAAAAUACCUAAUUUGGUGUGGGUAAAUCAGUUACUUCCUCAGUAUUUGAGCAAUGGUAAGUAGUGUGUCUUGUGUAUAGUAUUCACAACAACUAUGACUGCUGAGCCUCAGAACGAGGUCUUGAUCCAAAAUGAGGAGUGGUCAGCAGCUACACAAUCUGAAGCUGAGGUUCCCCGAGAAAAGACUUUUAACUGUGAAAAUUUAGUAGAGCAAAACUGUGAGCACCACGAAGACAUGGAACUACAUUCCAGUGGGUCCAACGGGAACGACUCAAGUGGACAUGACUGCAAUGGGCAUGAUUCCAGUGGAACUGAUUCUCAUGUCAAUGAGCCAAGUAGAAGAUCAAAUUGUGCUUUUAGACGGCCCAGCAAAUCAACGGGAAGCAGCAACAACAGUGAACAAAUGGACAGAGUUCGCUCUCACAAGGAACUGAUGACCAUGGUUCAAGAAAUGAAACGGCGUCUCCCUUCAGAAAAGAUAAAUCGCAGCAAACCGAGCACAGUGGAUGCAUUAAACUACGCCUUGAAGUGCGUCAGACAGGUGCAAGCAAAUAGUGCAUUUUUCCAAGUCCUUGGUGACAAUGGAACAUCUCGAAUGGAUGCCACAGUUCAUACAAUUGAAGAUUUACAAACCAUUACAUCUGAGCAUCCACCAAAGAAUACGGAUACAUUUGUCAUUGUGUUUUCAAUGACCUCUGGGAAGAUGGUUUAUAUCUCAGAGCAGGCUGCAUACAUUCUAAAUUGCAAGAAGAAAUUGCUGGACUCUUCGAGAUUUGUGGAACUUUUAGCUCCUCAGGACGUAAGCGUCUUUUACAAGCACACAACUCAAUCUCACCUUCUACCCUGGAAUAUAGGUACCGAGACAGCAUCUUUGUAUGAGUACACUCAAGUGAAAUCCUUUUUCUGCAGACUAAGAGGUGGGAAGGAUCGGGACCAUGAGCUUCGCUACAAUCCAUAUAGGAUGACUCCCUAUUCUGUCAAAGUGCAAAAUCCUUCUAGCACUGAGCCAGAGCCAUGUUGUCUUGCUUUAGUGGAAAAGAUUCAUUCAGGAUAUGAAGCUCCUAGAAUCCCUAUGGACAAAAGAAUAUUUACUACAACUCACACACCAGGCUGCGUCUUUCUGGAGGUAGAUGAUCGGGCUGUCCCUUUACUAGGUUACUUACCGCAGGAUUUGGUUGGAACCUCUGUUUUGAUGUAUUUGCAUCCCGAGGAUCGUCCUUUAAUGCUAGCAAUGCAUAGGAAAAUUCUAAAAUAUGCAGGUCAGCCCCCGUUUGAGCAUUCACCAAUCAGAUUCUGCACGCAGAAUGGAGACUAUAUUACACUGGAUACCAGCUGGUCCAGUUUUGUCAAUCCAUGGAGCAGGAAAGUAGCUUUCAUUAUUGGGCGCCACAAAGUCAGAACGGGUCCACUCAAUGAAGAUGUUUUUGCUGCUAGAAGCCGAGAAAUAAUCAAUGUUGACAAAGAGAUUAAAGAACUUCAAGGGCAGAUAUACAAGGUUCUUUUGCAGCCUGUUCACAACAAUGGGUCCAGUGGAUAUGGCAGUUUGGGAAGCAAUGGAUCUUAUGAACAUUAUAUAAGCAUAGCUUCUUCCAGUGAUUCCAAUGGAAACUGUGUGGAUGAGACUCACAAAGAACCGGUGACAUUAAAGCAAGUCUGUACAGACAUAAAUCGUAUCAAGAAUUUAGGGCAACAGGUGUACAUUGACAAGAGAAGCAAACCUUUAUCCAAGAAAAGGGAGAUCUUUGAAAAGCAUGUACCCAACGUGAAGUCAAACCCAAAUAUAUUCUUGAGACCACAACAUGAAAAUGCCACUGUUGAAGGACAAGCAGCCACUUCUUGUGAUGCAUCCAGAAAGGGACAACAUAUUCCCUCCUACCAGCAAAUCAACUGUGUGGAUAGUAUUAUUAGGUACCUGGAGAGUUAUAAUAUUCCAGCAUUAAAAAGAAAAUGUGAAUCCUCAACAAACACUACAUCUUCAUCUUCAGAAGAAGACAAACAAGGCUGUCAGGGACAAGAGGACCUGGAGGGUUUGGAAGAUGUUCCUGUGUUAACUGCACCCAUCGCCACAAGCCAGUUAUCUGCUGAAUCCAUGGUAACAACAGAUGCUCAGACAACAGCCGCCGUGGUGGGAGCUCCGUUGACAGAUUUGACUCUUUCCAUCAAGGCCAUGAGUGUGGUUUCUGUCACCAGCCAGUGUAGCUACAGCAGUACAAUUGUGCAUGUUCCACAGCCAGAGUCAGAGGUUACAGCUAUAGAAGAUGCUACAGUUGGUAGCGAGCAGAUUGAAAUGAGAUCUUCUCAAGCAGCCGGAUCCACUGUAGCUCCUGAGGAAUUUAAGCAAGUUGGUUUAACGAAGGAAGUACUAUCUGCCCAUACUCAGAAAGAGGAGCAGAAUUAUGUUGACCAAUUUCGGCAAAGGAUUCUCCAGUCUCCAUACAGCAGCUACCUCCAGCAGGACAGCAGAAGUAAAGUCUGCUCUCAUGAACAAGGGGAACAUUCUUCGCAGCAAACAACACCAGCUGCUUGGAAGAAAGGAAAGAAACAUGGAAAACAUAAAAGGCAGAAACCCAUGGAAUCAUCAGAUAGCAAUGGUUCUCGUCCAAAUUUACCUCCAAGGCCAAGGAGACCAGGACCUCAACCACAGUCUUGGCCACCAUCUGAUGUAUCCCAUUCUAGCCCUUCAAACCUCGCCUUUCCCCCUCCAGUGAUGAUACCUAUUCAGCCAGCAUAUCCGAUGCCUGGGUUUCCGCUCCCACCCAUUGGUACAAUGACUGGAAACUGUCCUGCCUCAUCCACAGCCACUGAGUGUCCACCUCAAUCCAAUAUAUCCUACAACAUGCAACCCGCCAUGCAACAAUUUCCAGCAUUUCCAUCCCCGUACAUGGGCACACUCAUGGCAGUCAUUCUCCCAAACUACAACAUGUUUCCACAAAUAAACCCACCAAUGCCUCCACCUUUCUUUCAAUCUCAGUACCCUGCUUCAAAUUCAUACCCGUAUACUGGAAUGCCUGGUCCAGCCCAAGGUAUGCCAUCUCAUAUUCCAACAGACUUUGUGGACCCAACUUCCCGAGCUUCAUCUCCUAUGUCAGCAGAGGGACAAGAUGAAAUACAGAAUGAGGAUCCCAGGCUCUUCAGUAACUCAAGGAGUAGCUCUCCUCUGCAAUUAGUAUUACUUCAGGAAGAGUUGCCAAAACCUGUGGAACCUCCAGAGGGCACCACGGUUGAAAGCAAAGCUGAUAUCAAAUGUGUGGAUGGAGCUGAGGAUAGCGGGAACAAUGACAGCCACUCAGCUUCCAGUGAACUGUUUGAUCUCUUACUUCAAGAGGAUUCACAGUCUGGCACUGGAUCUGCAGCCUCUGGAAGUGGGUCAGCUAAUUCAAGCUGUUUAGGGUCUGGAUCAAAUGGUUCUACCUCAAAUGGAACUUCUGGAAGUGGCAUAGGGAGUAGUAACAGCAGCAAGUAUUUUGCUAGCAAGUCCUCUGAUACCUCCAAAAAGGGUCAUAAGCGUCCAGAGGUGUUGGAAACGGAUAAUUUCCCCAAGGCCGCUGGAGACUCUAUCUGGACUAUAAUAGAGCGUACACCUACUCCUCUAAUGAUGACCUAUCAGGUACCUGAGAGGGAUAAAGAAACUUUGUUAAAAGAAGACUUGGAAAAACUUGCUGCAAUGCGGAACAAGCAGCCAUGGUUCACUGAAGAGCAGAAAGAGGAGCUUGCAGAAGUGCAUUCAUGGAUAAGGAACCGGACAAUCCCUCAAGAAAUAGACACACAAGGUUGUGUCACGUGUGUGAGCAUUGCAGCAGCAGCAGACAUAAAAACAGAGAAAAAUGAAAGCCACCCAGAUGCUGGCACCAAAGUAAACAACCAAGGACAGCAACAGUGCCUGAGUAACAGUACUUCUAAUUUGGGAGAUGCCACAAACUCUGACACAUGACUUCCUUUGUAAAUACUUUUUCUAUAAUAUUUAAGCUCAUUUUCAGCACAAAGACAGCCGAAGAGUUGCCAUCUUUCUAUUAGCUGUGGGGGGAGGGAUCUGUCAAAGAUUCUAGUGCCGAUUGUUUAAAAAAGAAAGACUGUGCCAAGACACCCUGCCCAACUGCAUCGAGGGCAAAUGGGUUUCUGAUUACGCAGCUGUUACAUUUCCCACUGGACCUCUUCAAUGUUCUUUGGAAAAUGAAUACUAAGUUCUAUGAACGUCAAAUAUUUUAAAACAUUUUCAACAAACAGAGUUGCUUUCUUCAUGCACCUUACUGUUUAACAUGCUUCAUUUGUAAAUACCACAAACUUGAAACAAGUAAUAGGGGAAAGCAUUGUUUUAAAUGAUAUUUUUUUUCUUUUUGUAAAAUAUGCCUGGUUGAUGAAACCAUAUUGUGUAGAAAUAAACACGUGUAUACCUUUA